GACCAUUGAUCACUCUUUUGGUGCUCAUUGACUUUUCGAAGAAAGAGAGGGUCUCUUCUACACCCGUAAAAGGGACAGAGAACACGCGUUUGUCGAGACAGAAGCUCUCAAUUUGUGACAAAGCUUCGGGACCACCUGUGGAGUGGAUUCCAAAAGGACUAAAUGUAAAAUUGCUGGCGCUUUGAAUUUCAAUACUGGAGAAAAUUUUGUUGCCCCGGAGGAAUUUUGAUAACAUUUAGGCUUUCAGUGGAGACCUUAGAGGCUUUACAAUCGCUUGUUUUUCUUUGUGUGGCUGCCUCUGUUGGGAAAAAGUAAUACAAUCAAACAACAAUUCCAUCCAACAAAAAUUGUUGUCCAUCCAAGACAAAUGAUCUAUGAUGUUAAGGAAUUGUUAAGUCAUAACUGGAUGCUUAAGCGCCCAGAGAAAAUGGGACUUGUUUGCUGGGGAUUGUUGAUGCUGGUGGUGUAUUUCAACAGAGAAUGCUCUUCUGUCCGUGUAGACAAUCAUGAACAGCGAUUGGUGGAUCAUUUGUUUAAAGGCUAUGAUCCAACAGUGAGACCGGUAUACAAAAAAUCAGACACCGUCCUCGUGAGACUGGGGAUUACUUUACAUCAACUAAUCGAUGUGGAAUUCAAAAAUCAAGUGGUGAAGUCAAGCAUAUUUAUUCGUCAGGCUUGGCUAAAUCCGUUCUUGAAGUGGAAUGCCUCGGCAUUCGGUGGAAUAACGACGAUAAAUGUUGAUCCUAAGAGAAUAUGGAAGCCUGAUAUCUACCUCUACAAUAAGUUAGUGAAUGGAUUUUUAAAGACGCACUGGAAAGUAUGGACAGUAAACAAACUUUUUGGUGAUAGGAGGAUGGGUACAAUGAACACCGUCGAUGACCAAACAGGUGCUAUGAAUCAGUUUGAUACUCACGUGACUCUGUCAUUUACCGGACAAAGCAUGUGGCUAGCGCCGAAAAUACUCAAGUCUUCGUGCAAGUUUGACGUCACGCAUUUCCCUUUUGACGAACAGAAAUGCGACCUCAAGUUCGGAUCAUGGACUUAUGACGGCUUUCAUCUCGACAUUGCGUCUGAACACCCUGCUAAGUGCGAAGGGGACUACAAGAAGUUUAUCAAAGGAGGCGAAUGGGACCUUAUCGGGUUACCCUGUCGGCGUAACGAGCUUGUGUACAUCUGUUGCCCCGAGCCCUAUCCUGAUCUCACAUACACCAUCAUCCUCAGACGGAAAUCCAUGUUUUAUUUUGUGAACAUGAUUGCACCGUGUUUUCUUAUAACAGCGUUGACUCUGUUAUCGUUCUAUCUUCCGUCCGAGUCCGGCGAGCGUUUAACUCUGGUCAUCACAAAUCUGUUGGCACUGACAGUCUUCAUGCUGCUGGUGGCGGAAAUGAUUCCACCGACUUCAGAGACUGUACCACUUGUGUUGAUAUACUUCUACGGUAGCUUCUUCGAGGUGGCGUUGGCGCUUGUCGCCACCUGCGUUGUGCUACGUUGUUAUUUCAACGAUCCUUCCCACACUCCAAUCCCAGCGUGGAUUCGCAUUUUCGUACUCGGAUGUCUAGCAAAAAUCCUUCGGAUACACGUCCCUAAGUUUAAGGUCAAUAAAAAGCCUGUUGAAAACAACGAGAACAGCGAGGUGCCAAAGCUCGAUGAAACAAGCACGGUUACAUUUAGGGGCUUUCCAAACAGAAGACGAGCCGGCUCAAGACCAGUAUCUAUUAUCGAGACGGAUGCGCAGUCUCAUCUGGGAAAAUCGCUGGAAAACGGCUCCGUUCGUCGUAGCAUGCUUUUGAGCCCAACUGACGCCCAAAAGCGCCACUCAAGUAUCAACCCACGAUUCAGUAUCUAUGGCAUCGAUGGCGUAGUACCGAACAUCCCUCAGGCUUCAAACCUCGAGAAAAGACAAUCGUUCAUUCAGUCGAGUCGGUAUGAUCUUAGGCUCAACGAGUCACGUGACCAUACAUGUGACCAUCCACGUGAAGAUCACGUGGGGAGAGCAAUGCUUAAUGCGCAGACUCGAAUUGCAGAUGGUGUCAGCGAACUCGUGCAGUAUCGACACGAACUUGAGAUGGAAGAAGAAAUGAGAAAUGAGUGGAAACUGAUUGCCAAGAUAGUGGAUAAAUUUUUCUUGUGGGUAUUUCUGAUGCUUGUGUCGAUAACAACCGUCAUCAUAUUCCUACAAGCGCCGAUGUACAAAGAAGCGUUUAAGGAAAAGGAAUGAGCUUCCUUGGUUUGACAUCCUCGGGGACCCAGGCCGUCGCGGAGAUCGGGCACACAGGGAGCGCGCGAGAAAGAAAGAGCACUUUCAGCCUGUUUCUUUUUCGCGCCGCAAUCCCUGUGUGCCCGAUCUCCGCGACGCCCUGGGUCCCCGAGGAUGUUGGUUUGAGCGCUUUUGUAAAAAAGUGCUUAUCUGAUACCCUUGAGAUAUUUGUCUGAAUGGACGCAAGUGAAAGUGGCGAACUCAACACGUCACUGGAAACGAUGCCCCAGAAGACAGCGUAGACUCACGAUUCUAUGGGAUACCAUUUCGUUGACCGUCUUUAUUCAACUAAAAGGAACUGAAAGUAUUGUUGCUUCAGGAAUUUCAGAUGGAAAAGAAUUCCAAAGUAAACUUUUUCACCCAAUUGGGGCUUACGAUCAAAACAUUUUUACAGAGAUGCUCGUCGGAUAAAUAAAAA